CGCUGUGAAGUAUAGUUGUAGCAACUAUCAAGAUAAUAUCAAGAGGAUCAGGAUUAAAAAUUUAGUAUAAAAGUUGUUCUAAUUUUCGCAUUUGCAAGUUAUAUUCUGUUGUUCUUAGCAAAAGAAAAAUCAGAAUGAAGCUGUUCAUCCUUGUUGCUGCCCUUAUUGUGGCGACAAAUGCCAACCUAUCUGCCUUUGAGCAAUGGACCAAUUUUAAAGCAACACACAACAAAUCUUACUCCGUUGUUGAGGACAAACUUCGUUUCGCAGUUUUCCACGAAAACUUGCGCAAAAUUGAAGAACACAAUGCCAAAUACGAGAACGGAGAAGAGACCUACUAUCUUGCUGUCAAUCAAUUUGCCGAUUGGUCCAGUGCUGAAUUUAAAGCCAUGUUGAAUUCUCAGAUGAUUAACAGACCAGAAAUAUCCUUUGAUGAAACAUUCGAAGCAGAUCCCAACUUGAAAGCAGAUUCUGUUGACUGGAGAAACAAAGCUGAUUUGGGAGUCAAAAAUCAAGGAAGCUGUGGAUCCUGCUGGGCUUUCAGUGCCACCGGAGCCCUCGAAGGUCAACUUGCCAUUCACAAAAAUCAACAUGUUCAACUAAGUGAGCAAGAAUUGGUAGACUGUGAUUCGACAAACUCUGGAUGUGAAGGUGGUUUAAUGACAAAUGCCUUUGCCUAUGUUAGAAGCCACGGUCUUGCAUCAGAAAAGCAAUACGCAUACACAGCUAGAGACGGUAGUUGCAAGAAGGUAUCAAACAAACAAGUUUCUUCCAUCAGUGGAUACGUAAAUCUUGCCAGAACUGAAGCUGCAUUGGCUAGUGCUCUUGCUAGUGUAGGUCCAAUUUCCAUCGCUGUCGAUGCUGAUACAUGGCAGUUUUAUGGAGGAGGAAUUUUCAACAACAAAAAUUGUGGAACCUCCCUUAACCACGGAGUUCUUGCUGUGGGAUACACUAAAGAUGUCUUCAUCGUUAAAAACUCAUGGGGAACCAGUUGGGGUGAAAUUGGUUAUAUCAGAAUUAGUCGCGGUCACAACUUAUGCGGUCUUAACCAAAUGAACAGCUACCCUAAAUUGUAAAUGAUUGAACUGUAAAAAUAAAUCAAUGACUAUAUAAUAAUAUGUAUAUAUAUAUAUAUAUAUAUAUAUAUAUUAUAUAUAUAUCUAUACGUAUAAAUAAAUAAAUAAAUAGAUAGAAAUGAAUAAAUUAGUUUUAAUAUAAUCUUAAAAAACAAAUGGAAUCAAAACAUUAAAUUAGCAUCACAUAAAGAAAUUAAUUUCUUCUUGAUGUGCUUUUUUCCGCCAAGCGAAAGUUAGGUAUCAUCUUGGCGAUUAUAACUUUGUUAUCUGUUACCUGAAAAAGAGAGAGAAAAUUACUGAAGAGGCAAUCGAGAAGACAAACAGGAACAGUGAUAUACAGAAAAGUGCCAAGAAAUAAGUGACAUGCACACAGGAAAACCAAAAACACAUAAAGAAUUAAAAAUAUACCAGAACUAUCUUAUAUGAUAGCUUAUCAGUUUUCUACAGGUUAUUUGUUUGUUUUGGCAUAGCACAAUCACAA